AUGAACAUGCCCCUCAACUCGGACGGGACCGUCACCUUCAACGCGACGCUCUUCGCGCUGGUCCGCACCUCCCUCAAGAUCAAGACGGAAGGCAACCUGGAUGUGGCCAACAAAGAGCUCCGGGCCGUGGUCAAGAAGAUCUGGAAGCGGACGAAGCCGAAGCUGCUGGACGAGGUCAUCCCCCCACCCGAGGAGGAGGAGGUCACCGUGGGGAAGUUCUACGCCACCUUCCUGAUCCAGGACUAUUUCCGCAAGUUCCGCCGGCGGAAGGAGCGGGGGAUGUUGGGCCCCAGCGCCACCCCCAGCAACGAGAGCGCCCUGCAGGCCGGGCUGCAGACGCUGCAGGCGCUGGGCCCCGAGAUGCGCCGGGCGCUGAGUGACCUGGACGGGGACGAGGGCGGCGACGCCCCCGCGGAGGAGCCGCUCACCUACGCGGCCCCCGAGACGCUCUACGGCUCCGCCCCCAACUCCCCCCUGCUCGGGGACACGCCCCCCGCCCCCAGCCCCGCCCCCCCCGAGGGGGAGGACCCCGCGCCCCCCGCCCCCAGCCCCGCCCCCCCCGAGGGGGAGGACCCC